AUUAAUCAAACAAAAGAAUUUGCGCGUCAACAAACAACAAAUAAGAGAGGAAAUAAAAUAAAGAAAAUUAAAAAACGUUGUAUAAUAAAAGGAAUCAAAAGUUGUACAGAAAAGGGAGAGAGAAAGUAAAAGGAAUUUCAAGAAGAAAGCAGAAUAGUGUAGUUUGUUCCCUUUACAUCUCAUAUUUAACCCUGCUCCGUCGUUCCUUAACUCGUCUACAGUAAGCUUAUUGUAAACUGUGUGAUGCCUAGUGUAUUGUGCAGAUUUUGAAUUUCUCCUUUUCUUCAAGAAAUAUAUUUUCUGUCUUUUUGUUUAAUCGCUUCGGUUGAAUUUUGAAGUUCUUGAUUCGGGGCGAAGUUAUAUAUGCUUUACUCGUAGUAUUUGCUGCAGUUUCAGUGAGAUUAUUGAGUUUUCUGAUUGUUUGCUGCUGUGGGUUUGUGAAGUUGAUUUUGGGAAUACAUGGGUUUCGGAGUUUAAGUCCAAAUAUUGAAAAUUUAAUCUAAAGAUUGGAUUUUUGAGCUUUGGGUUUUUGGUGAAAAGUGGGAGAUUUUGAUAAAGGCACGAAGGAAGCAUGGGGUCAUCUGUAAUGACUGCGACAUUAGUGGGUUUCUUGAUCUUUCAUUAAGAGCCGGUUUCUGCAUCUGGAGUUACUUUUUUCUGAUAUUUCUUGAUGGAAAAAGGGGUAUUUUCCCCUUUGAUUAGUUAAAUUAAGGAGAUAGAGAAAAAUGCAUAAGGGUUGAAGCGUAUUCAGAAAAUUGGUGAGUCAAGCCUCGAGCCCAUGAUUCUUUAGUGUCAAUACUGUUUCUUGACUUUUGCCAUCCGUGUUUGAGGGUUUGUGGAGAAAGGAAGUAGAGAGGUGUGGCUGUUGAUUUAGUCUGGUUUGAUUGUGAGUUAUUGGGGGUUGGUAUUGGUUAGUUAGUCUAACAUGAUUAACAAGAUAUUCAGUAAGAUUCCAAGGAAGCACUCAAAAUCUGGUGGAGAACCUAGCCCCUCCUCGAGUUCUUCGACUGCUUCGAAGAGAAGUGAAGGGGGGAAUAAGAGAUUGAGUAGUGCAGUGGAUGAUGUCAUCACUGCCCCGUUUUCAGUUUUAAGCGUUGGCAACAACGCUGAAGAUAGGUUUCUUCGAGAUAAGAACUUGAGAGGGGAUGUAAAUAUCGCUUCUGCUUCAUAUGAAGCAUUACCAAGUUUUAGGGACGUCCCGAGCUCUGAGAAGCAGCUCUUGUUUAUCAGGAAGGUGAAGAUGUGUUGUGUUGAAUUCGACUUCACUGACCCCACCAAGAACCUCAAAGAGAAAGAGAUCAAGCGGCAGACUUUGUUAGAGUUAGUGGAGUACUUGACUUCUGCAAGUGGGAAGUUUAGUGAAAAUGUAAUGCAGGAAGCUGUUAAGAUGGUGUCAGCCAACAUCUUUAGGGAAUUUACUCCUCAGCCUAGGGAGAACAAGCUCGUUGAUGGCGUUGAUUUGGAAGAGGAAGAGCCUGCAAUGGACCCCGCGUGGUCUCAUUUGCAAGUAGUGUAUGAAUUUUUGCUAAGGUUUGUUGCUUCACCAGAGACAGAUCCGAAAAUUGCCAAAAGAUAUGUUGAUCAUUCCUUUGUUUUGAAACUGCUUGGUCUCUUUGACUCUGAAGAUCCUAGGGAGAGGGAGUAUUUGAAAACUAUACUACACCGCAUCUAUGGGAAAUUCAUGGUGCACCGCCCGUUCAUUAGGAAAUCAAUCAAUAACAUAUUCUACCAUUUUGUUUUUGAGACAGAAAAACACAAUGGUAUUGCUGAGUUCCUUGAAGUCCUUGGCAGCAUUAUUAACGGGUUUGCUCUGCCGCUCAAAGAGGAACAUAAACUCUUUCUUGUCAGAACUUUAAUUCCUCUGCAUAAGCCGAAAUGUUUGGGCAUGUAUCAUCAGCAGUUAUCUUACUGCAUUACACAAUUUGUCGAGAAAGACUGCAAGCUUGCUGAUAUUAUUAUCAGGGGACUGAUAAAAUACUGGCCCAUUACAAACAGCUCGAAGGAAGUUCUGUUUCUUAAUGAGCUCGAGGAGGUCUUAGAAGCGACACAGGCGCCAGAAUUCCAGCGCUGCAUGGUACCGUUGUUUCAUCAAAUUUCGCGAAGCUUGAAUAGCCUGCACUUUCAGGUGGCAGAGAGGGCUUUAUUUUUGUGGAACAACGAUCACAUCGAGAACCUGAUAAAGCAAAACCGCAAGGUUAUACUGCCCAUCAUCUUCCCUGCUCUUGAGAAGAACGCUAGGCAUCACUGGAAUCAGGCCGUCCACAGUUUAACCUUGAACGUCCGCAAAUUCUUCUAUGACCUCGACCCGGACCUAUUCAAAGCCUGCCAGAUCAAGUUCCAAGAUGACGAAGCCAAGGAGAAUCACAUCAGAGAGAGACGCGAAACCACUUGGAAACGUCUCGAACAACUCGCUGCAACUAAGGAAGCUGUUCUUGUUCCUUGAAGAGGCCAUUGUUUCUCAAGAAUUGUUCUCACAUUUCCUCCCUUUUUUUUACUCAAUUUCUAUAUAUUCUUUCUCUUGUUUGCAUGAGGGUUGAGAGGAGCUUGAUGAAUAGACGGUAGGUUCAGCCGUUGGCGUCCUUCUUUUAAUUUUUCAAACAUGCUGAAUUCCAGUAUCUUUUGUGUCUGCCCAUUCAAGGAUAUUUAUUUCUUAUAUCUAUAUUGUCAAGAUGUCCAAAUAACCCAUAGUUGCCUGUUGGGGCUGACAAUUUGUUUGCCCUUGCUCCAUUAAAAUGUGAAAUAUCUGCAUUGUUUUUUU